CACAUCCCAGGACCCUCUUCUCCCCCCCCCCCCCAGCCACGAUGGUCUUGCUUACUAUGAUUAGCCGGGUCCAAGACGGGCUUCUCCUGGCAGCUUCUAUGCAAGAAACGGAGCAGUCGAACCGGAACUUCCAAGAAUAUCACAGCCAAGCGAAGCAGCUUUUCCGGAAGCUCGGGGAACAUUCGCCGAACCGCUGUUCUUUGCAGGCUGGGGCGAUGACUUUCCACUACCUGAUCAGCCAGGGCAUUUGCUACCUGACGCUGUGCGAAGCCGCUUACUCCAAAAAGCUGGCCUUCGCCUUCCUGGAGGAGCUGCAAGCCGAAUUCUGGGAGCUGUACGGGAAGAAGGUGUCCUCCGUGUCACGUCCGUACGCCUUCAUCGAGUUUGACCUCUAUAUCCAGAAGCUGAAGAAAUCCUACCUGGACACCUGGUCCAAGCGCCACCUGAGCAGCAUCAACAUGGAGCUACAGGAUGUUCAGAAAAUCAUGGUGACCAACAUUGAAGAGGUGCUCCAGCGUGGAGAGGCCUUAUCAGCUCUGGAUUCCAAGGCCAGCAACCUGUCAACUCUCUCCAAGAAAUACCGCCAUGACGCCAAACUCCUCAACAGUCGUUCCGCCUACGCCAAAGCUGCUGCUACCAGUCUUGUCUUUGUGGUACUUAUGAUCUACAUACGCUUCUGGUGGCUGGUGUGACCCUGCGCUGCCUUCCGUCCGCCCUCCUCCUUUGGUCUUUCC